AGCGACUAUUCCAAAUUUCUGCUGAGCUUAUUCUAGCACAAAUGUCGUCGAUGUUAUCAUUACAGCAGUAUGCGAGUAGUUCAGAGGAAUCUAAUAUCUCCGGCUCUGAAGACAAUGGAGACGAGACACGAAUUCACUUAAAAACAGUUGACCAGACCACUUCCUUAUCGUCGAAAAUCUCCAUCGUUGCAGCUCCUGACGUUGUUUCAAAGCAUGAUGUUAACUCCUUACAACCGGUGGAUCCAACAGAAAAAGAACUGAAACACAACCCCAAAUAUGAUGAACUUUUCACUCCUACGGUUGGACCUAAAAAUCCGUUUCUUACACAGCAGUUCUCUGCCGAUCGUAAUAUGCUGUCGGGUUUUGUAGAAGCAGCACAUGUGAAUGACUUCCAGUUUGAAACACAACGGCGCACAUUUGCUAGUUAUGGCUAUGCUACUGAUCCCAGCACUGAAAUAGAAUCACAAGCUCCUGUCAUUGGAGAUGUUGCUAAAGCCGAAGCAAAUAAACAUCUGACAGUUUUUGAGAAAACCAAGUGUCGGCCUGGUGACAAAAGAAAACGGUUACGGAACGAUAAUGCAGCAGAUGUUGAUGGUUAUCUUGGACCCUGGGGUAAAUUUGUAGAUGAACAAACUGUGAUGAAGCCUAACGAGGAAGAAAUGAAAGAACUUGAUGAAAUCCUCAUGAAACGAAACAAAAUCAAGCGACCUCCUGAAGAGAAAGUUGGCGAUGAGAAAACUACAUUACAUAUCAAAGAUGCCACAGACUACCAAGGCCGUUCCUUCUUACACCCUCCACAUGAUGUUGGCGUUAACCUCAAAUCUGAUGAUCCACCAGAGAAGUGUUUCAUUCCCAAAAAACUUAUUCACACAUGGACAGGCCACAACAAAGGGAUUUCUGCUAUCCGCUGGUUCCCUAGAUAUGCUCAUCUUAUGUUGUCUUGCAGCAUGGACUCUAAGAUCAAAAUUUGGGAAGUGUACAAUCAACGUCGGUGUGUGAGGACAUACUUGGGACAUAAACAAGCAGUCAGGGACAUUUGCUUCAAUAACGAUGGCACCAGUUUCCUCAGCUGUGCCUAUGACAGAUAUUGUAAACUCUGGGAUACUGAAACGGGUCAAUGUAUUUCUCCCUUUUCAAGUCGUAAAGUACCUUAUUGCGUGAAAUUCAAUCCUGAUGAAGAUAAACAGAAUUUAUUUGUAGCAGGAACUUCAGACAAGAAAAUUGUUUGUUGGGACAUUCGUUCUGGUGAUAUUAUGCAGGAAUAUGAUCGUCAUUUAGGCGCUGUAAAUACCAUAACUUUUGUUGACCAAAAUCGUAGAUUUGUUACUACUUCAGAUGACAAAAGUCUUCGUGUCUGGGAAUGGGAUGUACCAGUUGAUUUCAAGUACAUUGCAGACCCUUCAAUGCAUUCCAUGCCAGCUGUCACCUUAUCACCAAACGGGAAAUGGUUAGCGUGUCAAUCGAUGGACAACAAGAUCUGUAUAUUCAACGUUCUCAACAGAUUUAAAUUCAUGAAGAAAAAGAUGUUUACAGGGCACAUGGUUUCGGGAUAUGCUUGUACAACUGACUUUUCUCCUGAUAUGAGCUACAUCAUAUGUGGAGAUGCUGACGGCAAACUUUACAUCUGGGACUGGAAAACGACGAAACUCUACUGCCAGUUCAAGGCCCACGAUGACGUUUGUGUGGCUACUUUGUGGCACCCACAUGAGACCUCCAAAGUUGCAACAGCUGGCUGGGAUGGCAUCAUCAAGUUCUGGGACUAAAAACCAAAAAAUUUCAAAACUCUGAACUUAAA